GGAACUCACGCGAUAGUUUGAUAUUUCCCAGCAGGCCCCGCAGCACAGGGACAUGGAGACGCACUGUUACCGUCACGGGGGCGGGGCCCGCUCUGCGCCUGCGUGCCGAGGUCUGGUUCGGGGCCCCGAGAAGAGCGGAGAUCUGCGGGGACGGGGCGGAGAGACCCGUGGGCUGCUUCCCUCGGAGGGGUGGUGGCGGAAUGGUGAGCCGACCUGGAAGAGGCUCCCGCUGACGAAUUUUUUUUACAAUGAUUCAAAAUCUAGCCUGCGUGUAAGGAGUACCCAAGAUGGAAGCUGGCAUCCCAUUUCUUUAAUUACAGCUAGGCAGGGGCUCUGCAGGGGGACACAGAGAUCGAAUAUGGGUGAGAAAAAGCCAGAGGCGCUGGACUUUGUUAAAGAUUUCCAGGAGUAUCUCACACAGCAGACGCAUCACGUCAACAUGAUAUCGGGCUCUGUGAGUGGAGAGAAGGAGUCCGACACCCUGCCAGGAGGGCCACAAAACCUCGAUGUGCUCACCGUUAACUCUCCGUGCCUUGCUCUACCGGCAGCUGGGACAGACAGUGAUCAGAACGGCCUGGACCACCCGUCAGUGGAGGUGUCGCUGGAUGACAGCGCGGGGAUGCUGGUUGAUGGCUUUGAGCGGACAUAUGAUGGGAAACUAAAAUGCCGUUACUGUAACUAUGCCAGCAAAGGCACAGCUCGUCUCAUAGAACAUAUUCGCAUACACACAGGUGAGAAGCCACAUCGCUGCCACCUGUGUCCCUUUGCAUCUGCCUAUGAGCGCCAUCUAGAAGCUCACAUGCGCUCUCACACCGGGGAGAAACCUUACAAGUGCGAGUUGUGUUCUUUCCGCUGCAGCGACCGCAGCAACCUCUCCCAUCACCGGCGCCGCAAGCACAAGAUGCUCCCUAUUAAAGGCACACGUCCGUCUCUCGGCAACAAGAAAAUGUGGGGGGUCCUUCAGAAGAAGGUCAGCAGCUUGGGGGGUUACAGUCGCAGAAUGCUAAUCAACCUGAGUCCACCGUCCAUGGUGGUGCACAAGCCUGACUAUUUGAGCGACUUCUCUCAUGAGAUCCCCAACAUUCAGAGUGACGCCUACGAGAGUCUAGCUAAGACUUCUCAUUCAGGAGGACUGUCUAGGGACUCACAGGAGCUCAUGGUGGACAAUCCUUUAAAUCAGCUGUCUACGUUAGCCGGACAGCUUUCCAGCUUGCCACCAGACACUCAGAACCCCGCCUCUCCCGAUACAGGUCCUUGCCCGGACGAGAAACCCUUUAUGAUCCAUCAACCUCCAGCACCAGCCUGCGCUUCUGCAGUAUCUACCAGUGUUCCUCAGAGCUCCUCACCAGCCAGCCCAGAAGGCCGUGGCACCCACAAUCACAGGAACUGUAGCCCCAUGGCCGGGCCAAGUAGCGAUCGUAGCGGGCGAACCAGCACCCCCAGCAUCAGCAACAGUCAGCCCAGUACACCCGCUCCUGCUCUUCCUGUUCAGGAUCCUCAACUUCUUCAUCACUGCCAGCACUGUGACAUGUACUUUGCAGACAAUAUACUUUACACGAUACACAUGGGUUGCCACGGGUUCGAAAAUCCUUUCCAAUGCAACAUAUGUGGCUGCAAGUGCAAAAACAAGUAUGACUUUGCUUGUCACUUUGCCCGAGGCCAGCACAGCCAAAACUGACUCCUAGUGGCCUUUCUUUUUUUUUUUUUAAUCCCGAAAUUAUUCUUUUAAUCUCCUCGGGGGGACAGUCUGUUACUACAGUGCCUGUUAUUUGAGGAAAAUACAAAUUAGGAUGUAAAUAUCCGUGUGUGUGCGUUUUAUGUAUUUUUGUGAUGACAUGCUAUGACGUCUUCUGUCAGGGAGGCCAAGAUUUCUAAUAUCGCAGUAUUGGGAGGAAGUAGGAAUGAAAUGGUUAAAAAAAAAAGGUGCAAGUGAAGAAUGCUGUAAGCAGAAGGCACCUCUAAAAAACACGGACUCUUCCCCUGGAUGGGCAUGGUAUUUGUGCGCUGGAUACGGCACCUAAUGUUUAGAUGCCUUCCAGUUUUCUUGUUGUCCCAAAAGCCACUUUGUCGUAGAGAGCAUCGGGAGGCCGAACGUUCUUCGUUUUAUUUGUGAACAUCAUGAGGAAUAUUGAUCGUUGUUGCUGGAAGCGUUCAUGAAUGUUGUAGAACGGAGUGCCAUGCUCUCGUUUUUAAUGGUUUGUCCUAGGGAAUAAUACAAUUUAUUUAAUAGCGGUAUCUUCCCCUGUUGGAUGUAAUUGGGGAAUUGAAGGAAAAAAAUGUAUGUUUAAUAAUUAUGGUAAAUUUCAGCUUCAAGUGUUUUAUUUUUUUAAUUUAUCCUCACACGUUGCUAAGUAUGUUUGUGUAGGUAUCUUCACAGUGUGUUCUGUGUUUUUCCAAAGACUGAAACUUCUCCGUAAACCAUCCUGUUUUUAAUAAAUGUUUUGUCCACCAUCACCACUGAUGGACUGAUCUCUA